AGUCCACCCAAUUGUUUAAUAGUCAGUCUUGAUUUAGUUUUCUUAUCAAUUUAAUUGCAAUGGUGCGGAAAAGUGCUUACGGAGUGUUCCUAAUUUUUAUUAUUCUCAUAAAUAAUGGAUACGCAGAUGAAAAAGAGGAAGUAAAAGAUGAAAAACCUAAGAGUGAUGAUAAAACGGUCUCAAAGAGAGGAAUUUUACAUUUUGGAAUUCACGGACAUCCGCAUGUUCAUGGUGUUCCGUUUGUGCCUAAGAUACCAGUAAUUACAAAAGUUCCAACAUUUAUUAAGCCUGCUGUUUUACCGGCACCUGUAAUUCCUACCACACCAUACCAUCUUACGCAUGGUGGAGCUACUGUAACAUCGUACAAUGCUAAUUAUCCACGAGUUCCAAUCUAUACAAAAACAAUCAUUCCACCAGCUUAUCCGUUCUUGCCUGCUAUUCCUCAUAAUCACCAUCAUGGAUUAAUUCCACAUAGUCACCAUCAUGGAUUAAUUCCACAUAGUCACCAUCAUGGAUUUGACCUUCAUCAUGGAUACGAUCAUCAUCAUUUGGCUGGAUUGUUCCCCCACAACCAUCAUCAUCAUUCCUUAUAUCCACAUCAUCAUCAUUCCUUAUAUCCACAUCAUCAUAAUCCAGCCUACCCACACGUCCACAUAUCCAAACCAAUCGUUCCUGUCGCAGUCCCAGUUCCAGAAUAUCAUCAUCACAAAAUUCCAGUUUUUUACCCAUCAAAACCGGUAUUUUCAAAGCCUGAAUUCAACCCAACUUUCGUACCUAUUCCCGUUCCUUCAAAUCCGCAACCAAAUCCAACAGUUAUCACAGUGAACCCAGGUCAGGGACCAUCCAUGGCACAGCAAUUCGCACAUUAUCAACAACAGCAAUAUUUGCAUGAUCAACAUAACUCAUAUCCCUACCCAGCAGCAGCUGAAACAUUUUCACAAAAUUAUGAGGCACCAUCUAACAAUGGAAAUUAUCACGGUCUGUCGUCUUAUCAAGUGCCGCUAGGUGUUCAAUAAGAAUAAGUAGUGAAUGAUGUAAAACUAUCUGUUAAUUAUGACAUUAUUAAGUAAAGCAAUGUGCCAAAAUAACCUUGUUAUUUAUGAGAAAUAAAACUUAACAUUUGAAUAUUAUGCUGUAAAAUAUUCCAUUGAGAUUAUUCUGUG